ACACUAUGUGUUGAAUAUCUCUGAUGACAUCGGGAACUUUGGAGAGGUCCGUCUCCCCAUCCUGGGCUGCCUGGCUGUGUCCUGGUUUGUUGUCUUCCUCUGUCUCAUCAGGGGCGUUAAAUCCUCUGGAAAGGUGGUGUACUUCACAGCCACGUUCCCUUACGUCGUUCUGACCAUCCUCUUCAUCCGUGGCAUCACCCUGGAUGGAGCCAUCAACGGUAUCAAGUACUACCUGACUCCACAGUGGCAGAAGGUCCUUGAUGCAAAGGUGUGGGGAGAUGCAGCCUCACAGAUCUUCUACUCCCUGGGCUGUGCAUGGGGCGGUCUCAUUACCAUGGCUUCCUAUAACAAGUUCCACAACAACUGUUUCAG